AGGAAAAGGAAGCACCCGAGGAAACAGUAAUACCAAGGAUUACUCAGUAUGCAGCUUGCAGGAUGCCUACGGUGACCCUGAAAAUGAAUUCUUUAUUGUCAUCAGAUAUCCUUAUAUGAGAAGAUCCAUUUCAAGAAGUCUGAAUAUUGCUUCUUCUGUUGGACCAGCAUGGCAGGGUUCAAGCGAGGAUAUGAUGGAAAGAUUGCUGGCUUAUAUGAUCUGGAUAAAACCUUGGGUCGAGGUCAUUUUGCUGUGGUUAAACUUGCCAGGCACGUUUUCACAGGUGAAAAGGUGGCAGUUAAAGUCAUUGACAAGACAAAACUGGACACUCUAGCCACUGGGCAUCUCUUCCAGGAAGUGAGAUGCAUGAAACUAGUGCAGCAUCCUAACAUUGUACGCCUUUAUGAAGUCAUUGAUACCCAGACCAAACUCUAUCUUAUUCUAGAACUCGGGGAUGGUGGCGACAUGUUUGACUACAUAAUGAAACACGAGGAGGGUCUGAAUGAAGACUUGGCCAAGAAAUACUUUGCGCAGAUAGUUCAUGCAAUAUCUUAUUGCCAUAAACUCCACGUAGUUCACAGAGACUUAAAGCCAGAGAAUGUGGUCUUCUUUGAAAAACAAGGUCUUGUGAAGUUGACAGACUUUGGUUUCAGCAACAAAUUUCAGCCGGGAAAGAAGCUUACCACAAGUUGUGGAUCUCUUGCGUACUCUGCUCCAGAAAUCCUGCUCGGUGAUGAGUAUGACGCCCCAGCAGUAGACAUAUGGAGCCUGGGAGUGAUCCUUUUCAUGUUGGUAUGUGGACAGCCACCGUUUCAAGAGGCCAAUGACAGUGAAACGUUGACGAUGAUCAUGGAUUGCAAAUACACAGUACCUUCCCACGUGUCAAAAGAGUGUAAAGACCUCAUCACUCGGAUGCUACAGAGAGACCCCAAGAGAAGGGCCUCCCUAGAAGAGAUUGAGAACCAUCCUUGGCUCCAGGGAGUGGACCCCUCACCGGCCACGAAGUAUAACAUCCCCCUCGUGUCGUACAAGAACCUCUCCGAGGAGGAGCACAACAGCAUCAUCCAGCGCAUGGUGCUGGGGGACAUCGCGGACCGCGACGCCAUCGUGGAAGCCCUGGAAACGAACAGAUACAACCACAUCACAGCUACUUACUUCUUGCUCGCUGAAAGGAUCCUGAGGGAAAAGCAAGAGAAAGAAAUACAGACGCGGUCGGCCAGCCCGAGCAACAUCAAGGCCCAGUUUAGGCAGUCAUGGCCGACCAAGAUCGACGUGCCCCAGGACCUGGAGGAUGACCUCACGGCCACCCCUCUGUCCCACGCCACCGUCCCUCAGUCUCCCGCCCGGGCCGCGGACAGUGUCCUCAACGGGCACCGGAGCAAAGGCCUGUGCGACCCGGCCAAGAAGGAGGAGCUGCCGGAGCUGGGCGGCCCGGCGCUGACCGCGGUGCCCGCCACCGGCCUCAAGCCCACGGGCAGCGGGCGCAAGUGCCUGUUCCGGGUGGAGGAGGACGAGGAGGAGGACGAGGAGGACAGGAAGCCCAUGUCGCUGUCCACCCAGGUGGUCCUGCGCCGCAAGCCCUCCGUCACCAACCGGCUGACCUCCCGCAAGAGCGCGCCGGUCCUCAACCAGAUCUUCGAGGAGGGCGAGUCGGACGACGAGUUUGACAUGGAUGAGAACCUGCCGCCCAAGCUGAGCCGCCUCAAGAUGAACAUCGCGUCCCCGGGCACCGUGCACAAGCGCUACCACCGGCGGAAGAGCCAGGGCCGCGGCUCCAGCUGCAGCAGCUCCGAGACCAGCGACGACGACUCCGAGAGCCGCCGGCGCCUCGACAAGGACGGCGGCUUCUCCUACUCGUGGCACCGGCGGGACAGCAGCGAGGGCCCUCCGGGCAGCGAGGGUGACGGCGGCGGCGGCCAGGGCAAGCCGAGCCCCGGCGGUGCCGGCCCCGUGGGCCCCGUGCAGCUGGCCUCGCGCUCGGCCGGCGAGCUGGUGCAGAGCCUCAAACUCGUGAGCCUGUGCCUGGGCUCGCAGCUGCACGGCGGCACCAAGUACAUUCUCGACCCGCAGGGCGGCCUGGCCUUCUCCAGCGUCAAGGUGCAGGAGAAGUCCACCUGGAAGAUGUGCAUCAGCUCGGCGGGCAACGGGGGGCCCGCGCCGGCUGUGGGCGGCCUCAAGUUCUUCUCCGACCACAUAGCGGCCCCCGCCGCCGAGCUGGAGCGGGUCAAGAGCCAGAACCUGAAAAACAACGUGCUACAGCUACCUCUGUGCGAAAAGACCAUCUCUGUGAACAUCCAGCGCAGCCCCAAGGAGGGGCUGCUGUGCGCCUCCAGCCAGGCCAGCUGCUGCCACGUCAUCUGA